CAACACACAGCCAGGACAGAGCAGAGGAUAACCAGCAUCCAUACAGAUAUGAUGUUUCUCCCAGCGAGCGUGCUGAUUGGCCUGCUGUGCCUGUGCACCGCAGGAAGUGUAAAUGGACUGGCCCGUCUGAUGGACAAUGCAGAGCUGCGCUCAGCGUUCUCAGCUGCACGCACCAGCAGCAUGGAAGGUGGACCGAAGAUGACGGUGACCUUUGACACGGUCUACGUCAACAUCGGUGGGGAUUUCGAUGCCAAGGCCGGUCUGUUCCGUUGUCGAAUCCCCGGGGCCUACUACUUUUCCUUCACGGUGGGGAAGUUCCCCCACAAGGACCUGUCUGUGAUGCUGAUGAAGAACAGGAACGAGGUGCAGGCCAUCGUGUACGAGGAGAAUGCUGGAGAGGAAAGGAAGGUGCAGAGCCAGAGCGUCAUGCUGCAGCUGGAGUUUGGGGACACCGUCUGGCUCCGUCUCCAUGGCGACCCUCGCUAUGCGCUCUACAGCAACACGGGACACUACACCACCUUCAACGGUUACCUCAUCUACCCAGACACCUAUGGCUACCAGACGCAGCACCACCAACACCAUCUCGCCUACAGCUCCCAGCAGCCCCAGCGGGACAACCUCCACCUGCAGGCCACAGAGUUCAGCACAGGAGACACUGAGGAGAAGAAGCUGCCUGAAAAAGGAGAGGAAGAAGAGGAAGACUACGAUGACGAAGAGGAAGACCACAGAUCCGCAUUUUCAGCGGGGCGCACCCAGAGCAUUCUGGGAAUAGACCAGGUGGGCAUGCCACAGCACCGCCCCAUCAGCUUUGACACGGCGUUCGUCAACAUCGGAGAGGACUUCAACGUGACGGAGGGGGUGUUCGUCUGCCGCAUCCCCGGCGCGUACUACUUCUCCUUCAACGUCGGCAAGCUGCCCCAGAAGACGCUGUCCGUCAAGCUGAUGAAGAACCGCCUGGAGGUGCAGGCCAUGAUCUACGACGACAGCCAGGGGGAGAAGGCCCUGCAGAGUCAGAGCCUGAUGCUGACGCUGAGACCAGGGGACACCGUCUGGCUCUACUCCCAUCAGAGAGACGGCUUCGGAGCCUACAGCAACCACGCCAAGUACAUCACCUUCACCGGCUUCCUGGUUUACCCAGACAUCACCCCGCCCUCCCCCACCACAACCGCCAGCAGCCAGUCACAUGCCGACAAGAGGCCCUGA